AUAUUUAUGUAGAGUUUUGCUGAGAAGCUCUCUACAUGUAACAUGUAUCUAUUUUAGUGUGAACGCAUUUAUUACAAUGCUUCUAUACGUUACAUGUGUCCAGUUUAGUGUGAACGCAUUUAUUACAAUGCUUCUUCUUUAAUAUAUAAGAGAUAUAUUACCUGACAAAGCAAAUAAGAGAUAAGCUUUAAAAAAAAGUGUUGGGAGUAAGAAAUAUUUUUCAGUCAUAAGAUCCAAUUUGAUCUUCACUUUCUAUUCAGAAGAAGCCAUGUAUAUAAAGGGGGUCAUGGGCAAUGGCCUCAUUUGUAUCAUGCAGAAUGUGUAAUUCUUGGCUUUCCUUCUUUAGAAUAAAUACAGAGAUUUUAUUUCCAAAACAAAACAAACUCUUUGGUCCUAAGAAAAAAAACACCAACUCUUCGGAAUCCGUUUCUGCCAUGAACGUCUCGGUUCUAACAUUUUCUCCGCACCUUGAGAGAAGUUCAUUGCCAAUUCCUGAUGACCUCGUUUUCGAGAUAUUCUCGAGGUUGCCGUCAAAGGCGAUUGCGAGAUGUUGUUGCAUAUCCAAGUUCUGGGCGUCUAUGCUUCGCAGUCAAGAUUUCACAGAGUUGUUUUUGACCAAAUCUUUUGCUCACCCUCAGCUUCUAUUCGUCUUCAAAGAGGACAGAGAGAUUGUCUUUUUCUCGUCGCCUCAGCCUGAAAAUCCAGAAGAGAACUCGUAUGUUGUAGCCGCCAAUCAUCUUGCACGUUUCCCCGGAAGAGAAUUUAGUUACACCACUGGCUUCUUGUGUUAUGGAGUUAACCUGAUCCGGAAUUGUGAGUUUGAAAAGGUGAUAUGUAACCCCAGCACGGGACAGGCCUUGACCUUGCCAAGAUUAAACUCGAGGUUGAGGGUUGGAAUGGACAGCUAUCUUGGAUAUGACUCUAUUGCGAAAGAAUUUAAGCUAUUGUCAAUGAACAGCUCGCGUGUAACUGAUCGUUGGAUCUCUAAGGAGCACCAAGUUCUGACAUUAGGAACCAAGAAUUCGUCAUGGAGGUUGGUCGAAUGUUGCAUACCACAUUAUACUUCUCGUAAGUGGUUAUGCAUCAGUGGUGUUCUAUACUACGCAGCUUCAGUCAACAGUUCUUCCUUGAAUUCUAUGGUAGCUUGUUUUGAUUUGAGGUCUGAGAAGUUCAGCUUUGUCAAGUUCAUGGAAACUUUCAGUAGAACAAUGCAUCAUUCGACAACCUUGGUAAACUACGAUGGCAAACUAGGUUUGAUUAUGUCGAGGAGUUCUCGUCAUGUUAGUCAAGCAAAUAAAAGUCUUGAGCUGUGGGUUCUACGAGAUGCUGCAAAACAUGAGUGGUCCAAACAUGUAUAUGUAUUACCACCUUCGUGGAAGGAUGUGGUUACAGAGACCAUGCGCAUUAUUGGAAUGGUUGGUACCAGUGAAAUCGUCUUGUCCCCCAGCUUUCAAUACGUGCCUUCCUAUAUCAUCUACUUCAAUAUCGAGAGCAAGAGGAUCAGAAAAGUUGGAAUCCAAGGACUGGAAGCGUUUCAGGGUAAAAGAUCCUACACGUAUCUCAACUAUGUCGAGAAUGUGAAGUUUAUUUAAGCAUUUUAGUGAGGAAAAUGUAGUUUUCAUUUAGUGUUUUUCUUUUAACGUCUUAGUUUGAACAAUCCAUCUCUUGUCGAAGAUUACACACGGGGACUAUAUAAAAUAUUAUUUUCAUAUAACAA